AUGGACGAUGUCCACCUGGAGGUCAUGCCACCCCUCGAGACGGAUUAUCCGGCCGAGGCGUCGGCCACGCAUGACAGGGGGGAAUCGAUGCACCACGGGCACCACGAGCACCACGGCGGUUACCACAACCAGGGGAAGCGCGCUGCUUCGGUGCAUCGCGCUUCGGCACACCCUGAAGUGCCGCUGUCGAUGCCGUACAACCCGCACGCUGGCUCCUGGGAUAUCACGCCAGAGCGCCUUCAGCACCACUCUCCCCAGCAGCAGCAGCCGCGUCAGCUUUACAUCGGCCCCAGCCUGACGCGGCCGAAGGGCGCGUCGCUGGCGCGCCAGUGGGCGGCGGACGACGGCGCGACGAUGCCGCCGCCCUCGUCGUGGAGCGUGCCUGCGCAUGGGUCGGCGGAGAUCCCGCCCGCUCGCCCGCAGCCGGCGGCGUACUACGCUUCUCAGCCGGAAACGAUCCCCGCGGGGCACUACCGUCGCAUGGUGCCGCCGACGAAGAUGGAGGUGGAGGGCGCAGGUGCGCCCUACCCUCCGUCUGCUGCUGCUGCUGCUGCUAUGGGCGGGUCGGGGGUUGUAGAGGGAUACGGCGGCGUGCUGCAUGGCGAGCAGACGGGGUCGAGGGGGUACAGCUGGGAAGAGGUGCAGGCAUACUGGGCGUAUUCCCACCAGGACACGGGGAACCCACGACGGUCGGAGCACGAUGCGGUCAAUCAGGGCUACAUCCGCGUCCGCCCUCCCUGA